GUCCUCUCUAUGAGCGCCUUGUGAUGGUUUGAACGUUAUCGUUUCCCCGGGGUUCUAAAUUACUUAGGCAACUGCUGGUCUUGUGACUUAUAAAGUAGAGUGUUAAUCUCCAAUAGUAUGUUUCGCAUACCAUAGUCAUUCUGAACUUUCUCAUCCAAAUGGAUUUUUUCAGCCGAACACCCGUCAAAAACGAUGUCCUGAGUAUUAUUGGACAGCUUAGUUCAAGGAAGAAGAAGCCACGUACUCCAUUCUGCAGCAACCAUACGAUUGCGAACUUACGUGAAGUUCGCUCUGUUCCACUUCAGUUUGAUGACUCCACCCCAGAGAAGUUAUGUAGUGCAAAUUUUCAAAAAGAAGAUUCAUCUAACGUUAAAAAUGUUCAAUCGGGAACUGUAGAUGCUGAGUUAAGCUUCAAUAGAUACUCUCAUGUAAAAACACCUCUCCAAAAUCUGUCAGCAAUCAGAUGUUAUAGUAACGCAAGUUCAAAGCUAUCUGUUGGCAGUGGCAACGAAUUUGAUGAUACCUUCACAGUAUCUCAGAAAUUCUCAAAGACGGAUAUAUGUGAGCCAACUGUCAAUGAUGACCAUGAUGCAAAAUUACCCGUACAGUUUCUAUCAGUGAUCAAAUGUAAUCGUGAUACCAGUUCCGAACCAUAUGUUAACAGCAACAGCAAUGUUGAAAGUAUAUUUGCUGUGUCUCCGAAAUUAUCAAAGACUGGUAUCAAUGAGACAGCUGUCAGUGAUGAUCAUGAUGCAAAAUUAUCUGUAGAGUUUCCAUCAGUGGUCGAAAGUAACCGUGAUACCAGUUCCGAACCAUAUGUUAACAGCAACAGCAAUGUUGAAAGUAUAUUUGCUAUGUCUCCGAAAUUAUCAAAGACUGGUAUCAAUGAGACAGCUGUCAGUGAUGAUCAUGAUGCAAAAUUAUCUGUAGAGUUUCCAUCAGUGGUCGAAAGUAACCGUGAUGCAAGUUCCAAACUGUAUGUUAGCAGUGAGGAUAAUGUUGAUGGCAUGUUUGGGGAGUUUUUGGUAUCUUCGAAAGCAAUCAUGAAUCAAUCCACUUCGCAUAAUUACUCCAAUGUUAGACCUGCACAGGCAUCUUUGGAUUUCGAUCGUGGUUCAGGCUCAAAUAUUAGGUCAAAUUCUAAUAAUAGUGAUGAUGACGAUGAAGCCUUUGAAAAGUUUUUACAAUCCCAAAAAACGGUAACCAAUAACUCAUCGGAUGAUCAAAGUAGUACGUGGAUAUCUGAGGAUUCCGAUGAGGAUGGCCAAUCAGGUUUUGAUUCCCCAUAUCAGACGUUUUACUACAGGAUCAAUAAUCAAGAGGUUUAUCAAGAUAUCAAAAAACCACUAUCAGCCUUAUUCGAUUCCGAUUUCGAGUCUGAUAGUGAAAAUUGUAUUUCAAAUGAAAGAAGUCAGAUACCUACAGUCCCACUUGCUGAGUGUCCAUCUCUUUCAAAUCGUCAGAAAAGUAGGAGCAAAAUAGAAAAAUGUAAUAGACCCGAAAUAUCUACUGAGGAAUUUGUUUACUCUCUGUAUCCAAUUGAUAUUAAUCGGAGUACACAUACAACGUAUGAAAAACACCGUCAUCCCGAUGCACUGAAAUUUGUUCAAAAGUUUAAACCUAAUCGUUGUGAACUAGCUGAAAAAUUAUAUCAAAUUUAUAAUGAGAAGAUAUUUUGUAAUCAACUACCAUCGAAACUAGAAAUAACAUGGAGUCGUCGACUGUUGAAAACAGCUGGUCUUUGCAAAUAUAUGACACGUACAACCACUCACUCAAACGGAAUAUCGAGUCAGAUUCGAUUGGCUCAGAUUUUGUUAUCAGAAAAGGUGUGUACUACAGCUGAACGUGUGCGAGAUACUCUGUUGCACGAAAUUUGUCAUGCAGCUGUUUGGCUAAUCGAUGGCAUUAAUGACGGUCAUGGACGUCGUUGGAAAGCUUGGGCUAAUCGAGCUCAUAAAAUUUGGCCUAAAUUACCUAUGAUUUCUGUUUGUCAUGCGUAUACUAUUGAUACACGAUUUACAUACCGGUGUACAGGUUGUGGCGCAUGUAUCAACCGACAUAGCAAGUCUUUGGAUAUCUCAAAGAAGGUAAAAAUCGAAUUUAUACAUAGCAACGUUUGUGACCGCCUUCAGCUAGUUUGAACAGAUCUAUGUUACUCAUUUAUAGGCCCGGGUGACACGGAAGUACCCAUUUAUGAAAUCAUAAGUUGGAGGAUUCCACAUAACUGCAUUUUGUUUUAGGAACUGUAUUUUUUAUGCGGUGCGUUUGUUUGUUAUGCUUCUAUUCCUUGUUUCUGUUUGUGUGAUAUCAGGUGUGUGGAAAUCGACUUCUAAUUGUUCUAAAAAACUUAGGCCACUGAUUAUUUUAAUGCUCCUUGAAAUAUAUAACUCGCAGUCAAAUAUUUUUCACAUUCAAUUCAUAAGCUAUUCAUAGUUCCCAUAAAAUAGCCGGGUCAGUUGUUAUUUGGUUGCGUUUCAUAUAAUAAACAGUAAAUUGCAUGCUAAUCUAUCUUCAUGAAGUGUUUGUUAGUGAAACAUCAUAUUUUGGAUAUGCUUACUAAUAGUGUAGAAAAAUGAGAAGACUGAGACGCAGGAAAGAAUGUUUAUUAUUGACAUCUUGUACAGUACUCAUCAAAUAUUGUACACCGUCCACUAAGACAGUCAUUUGCAUAAUGUGCUUCAUUUCCUCUUCUCCUCCUCUCUCGACCUGCUCUUAAUACGCCCAAAUUGUCUUUUUCGUUGCUCUAGGCAGAAUCUUUACCCACUGCUGGUAAUUCCCCAUGAUUUCUGCCGCCCUAGCAAUAUAUACUACUUAUAUCAGCAGCACCCACUACAGUAGUGCUAAACUAUUAAGAGAAACUUCUUAUUGGACACGAAAACAAUAUUUUUAUAAGUUAUACCUUUGUAUAAGGUUAAAUUAUACUACUUGACUGUGGUUCAAUAGUCUAGUCAAUCAACUUCCAGCUCUUAAGCUAAAAACUUAAAUGCACUCGUUCUUUGGCUUAGAAGACUAGAUACCGUCAAAAGCCCUCACAUAUAAUGUAUGUAUCAAAGUCUAGUCCACGAAACUGUAUGUGAUCAGUAACUAUCAAUACUCUAGUAUGUGGAGCUCUAUUUUAGCCUAUGGACCAAUGGUGUUAGUUCGAGUACUAAUUAAAUAAAGUGUAAGAAAACUGUCUUAUGUGUUCAUGAAAUAAUUAAUAUUUCCAUCUAUUCUUGUUGUUUUUAGGUUUGUAGUUAUUGUCGUUCACAGUUUGAAUUACUUAUCAAUACACCUAGAGGUCGUAUGCUUCGACCAAGUUUAGCUGCUCAAUACGAUAAACGUCUUCUACCCCAUUGUUCUGCUAAUAAAACACCAAAAGUAUCCACUACUCCAAGACCAUAUCGAAUUUCAAAACCACUUCAUGAAAUUAGUCAAAAUCAGGAUGUUCAAAAUGGUCUAUUAAAUAUGUUCAGAGAUAUGAAUCUUUUGAGUUAAAGAAGUUUUCUUUUUACAUAGCAAAUUUUCAUUUGUUUUAAAAUACGAACCUUAAUAAGGUGAUAUUUAUAACUGACUUUGCUUCCUUUUAUAGCCUACUGGCUUUUGCAUUUUACAGGCUUCAAGCUUUCAUCCUACCUCUUAGUUUAUUGAAUUUCGCCUACACUUUUCUGUCUGAAAUAUUCAUAUGUAAUGUUAUUUCAGUAAUAGUUGGAAUCUGAAGAAAUUUCCUUUUUCUGUCUUAAGUUGUUUUAUGUAAAAUUGUUACAUUUUUAUUGUUAAAAACAGUUUAUUUAUUUAUGUCCCUCUGCAUAAUCAUACUGAGUUUCGAUGUGAUCAAUGGAUGGAAAGAAUUCCGAUUAAUUGAUUAAUAAUACUCAGAAAUAAUUGAUUAUAUUAGGUACAGUUUGG